GUCACGUGACUGUUGCUGGCGCGCCAAGAUGGCUGUCUCCUGCGUGUCCUUCCUGGCGCUGUCCCUGUCCCUGCCGCUGCUGCUGCUGGUGGCGUGGAAGCGCUGGCGGUGGGGGCGCGCGGCCCGGCACGUGAUUGUCGUGGUGUUGGGCGACGUGGGCCGCAGCCCCCGCAUGCAGUACCACGCGCUGUCGUUGGCCAAGUGUGGCUUCUCCGUGACCAUCCUGGGGUUCAGCAACUCCAAACCCCGCGAUGAACUCUUGCAAAGUGACAGAAUUCGGAUUGUGAGUUUGACAGAAAUUCGGAGAUUUGCAGUUGGGCCCCACAUUCUCCAGUAUGGAAUCAAGGUUGUUUUUCAGGCAGUGCACUUGCUGUGGAAGUUGCUGUGCAGGGAGCCAGCAGCCUACAUCUUUCUCCAGAACCCUCCGGGCCUGCCUGCCAUUGCCGUCUGCUGGUUUGCAGGCUGCCUCUGUGGGAGCAAGCUCGUCAUCGACUGGCACAACUAUGGCUACUCCAUUAUGGGUCUGGUGCAUGGCCCCAGCCACCCCAUCGUUCUGCUGGCCAAGUGGUACGAGAAGCUGUUUGGACGCCUCUCCCACCUGAACCUGUGUGUGACCAACGCGAUGCGGGAAGACCUGGUGGAAAACUGGGGCAUCAAAGCCAUGACCGUCUACGACAAGCCAGCAUCUUUCUUUAAAGAGACGCCCUUGAACCUGCAACACCAGCUCUUUAUGAAGCUGAGCCGCACCUACUCGGCAUUCAGGGCCCGCUCAGAACCCUCGGACCUGGUCAUGGAGAGGUCGGCCUUCACAGAGCGGGAUUCCCAGAGCGGAAUGGUGACUCACCUUUGCAGGCGGCCGGCCCUGUUGGUCAGCAGCACGAGCUGGACAGAGGAUGAAGACUUCUCCAUCUUGCUGGAAGCAUUAGAAAAGUUUGAACAGCUGAUUGUGGAUGGAGAAAGCCUCCCUUCUCUGGUCUGUGCCAUAACAGGCAAGGGGCCUCUAAAGGAGUAUUACAGCCGCCUCAUCUGCCAGAAGCACUUCCAGCACAUCCAGGUCUGUACCCCAUGGCUGGAGGCCGAGGACUACCCCUUGCUUCUAGGGUCCGCGGACCUGGGCGUCUGCCUGCACCGGUCCUCCAGCGGCCUGGACCUGCCCAUGAAGGUGGUGGAUAUGUUCGGGUGCUGCCUGCCCGUGUGCGCCGUGAACUUCCAGUGUUUACACGAGCUUGUGAAGCACGAGGAAAAUGGCCUGGUGUUUGAGGACUCGGAGGAACUGGCUGCUCAGCUGCAGAUGCUUUUCUCAAAGUUUCCCGAUCCUACUGGCAAACUGAACCAGUUCCGGAAGAACCUCCAGGAGUCAGAGCAGCUUCGCUGGGAUGAGAGUUGGAAGCAGACUGUGUUCCCUUUGAUUAUGGACACAUGACCCUCUCGGGCCAAUGACUGAAAUCCCUGAGGUGUCCUGUUCUGGACAUGGCUGAGAGAGAUCCUCACGCUGAUGCCCACCCCUCCCUCUUCUUCCCCAGAAGCUGGCCAACUCCCCUCCUUGAAGCUUCCUUCAGCUGCUGGCCAGUCCCUGGGCAAACCCUGUGGAGCAGCGCCUCCUAGUGGACAGCAGCUGUAAGGAUGGCAUCAGGUGCUGCCCGCGGAAGGAAGUUAAUAACCAGUUUAUGGCCUAGGAAACUGUCUCAGCCUGGUUUUUUUUGGAUGCUCUGAAUCACUUCUCUCUUUUCUUCUCCUGUCUUAUGAGUCUUCCCGCACCCCCACCCCAAGAUUAUUACUUUUCUGUUACUUGCUUCUGGCAUCUUUGACAUCUUAAUCCCUGUUUUAUAUCCUGGUGCCUGCCUUUCCCAGCAUCCGCCUGGUUGCGUCCGUAAUAUUUUUAUUUCCUGCCUUGGCAUCGCAGCCCAGCGCACUGCAAGGGCAGCAGACGCAUGCUGUACAGCAGGCUUGGCCCCGUGAGGCAUGUGUGUCCAGAUUGGGGGAAAACAGACUUGGUGUAUGUUUUCAUUUGCCCAAAUGAAAUGCUUAUCUCUGAGCCAAAUAGUUCAUUUCUGAUUUAUGGUGAUUUGCUUAAGAACUAAGACGACUGGCGGAAAGGGGCACCUACACAUUUGGAACAGUUUAUAUUUUAUUAUAAAAGUUUGUGGUUCCUGAUUCAGAAUUUAACAUUCUUUAAACAUUCAAGUCCAGUGAAAGCUUUAGCUUUCCCACAUAAACAUUCUCUCCAGGAUAGUGAUUUAAUUUUCAUGUUACUCUUCAGAACCGUUUGUAAACCUACAGCGUUAGUUUCAGAAUUGCCAUCUCCGAGUGCUCUUCGUAGGGAAACAGUUUCUGGUCGUGACGAGGUAGUUCUUCCCACAGGAUCCCAGCCCGGCCUGGAAACAGAGCACACACAUCUCAGGAUGGCAGGCUCUGGGGAGGGGACACCACCCUAUCAGUGCAGGGCUUUGGGACUGGCCUGGGUUGAGGGCAGGGAGGAGUGUACAGACCACAGAUUUCCAGGCCCUAUCCAGACAACAGGGGUGGGACAGGAAUCCAGUUUGUAGGCAGCUCACAGCAGCCAGGUUUGCUCCAUCUGCCCACUGGGCCAGGUGCAUCCCUGGCAGAUCAGGGCCCAUCGGGUUCCCUGCACCUGUCCUCCACCCUGUCACUGGGCACAGCUUGAGAGGAGCUGAAGUUUGAACCCAUGGCUGCCUGACCGCUCAGCCUGGUGCCUUCAGAGGCUAGACAUGCGUCAGGAGGGGCUCACAUCCUCUUUGUGAGCACAGAUGUCUGAUGAGCCCUUGGUAAGGAUCGUUUUGUCAUAGCAGUUUUUUAUGAAUGGAAAAGUUACUAUGUAUAAAAAUAAAAUAGUAGACAUACAGUGUGUACAAGUGUCAUGAUCUUGCUGUCCAAGUAUAACAUGUUAAUAAUGUUCAUUGGUGUAUAUUGAGUUUCCCCAUAUGUGUAUUAACAUGAUUUUUUUUUAAAAAUAAAAAUAUAUACUGUAUGUGCUGUUUAGCACUUGGCUUCACUUAAAA